CCAUGCACUGUUGGGCUUCCCGGUGGACAGACUGUCUUAACUGCGCUGGAAGGGAGCGUACAAUUUACAAAUGAUUUAUUUUUAAAUAAUGUGCUCUUUGUUCCUAAGUUGCAGUGUAACCUUAUAUCUGUAUCUCAACUGAGUGAUGCGCUUAAUUGUUUCGUUCAAUUCACUUGUAAUAUGUGUGUUAUACAGGACCGUCCCUCGAGGAGGCUGAUUGGAACGGGUGAGCGGAGGAAUGGACUGUACUAUCUACGGGAGGAACCAAUGGCACAUAUAUUGGCAGUCAAAGAAUCAAAUAAUGUUGUUGUUGAACUGUGGCAUCAAGGGUUGGGACACCCAGCUUCUCAAGUGGUUGAAAAUUUGGCCCCCGUACGAGGUUUGAAGAAUAUUGGAAAUUUUCCUUGUGACAUUUGUUUUAGAGCUAAGCAGACUAGAGAACCUUUCCCUAUUAGUUUGAAUAAACCUAAAGACAUUUUUGAGAUGGUACAUUGUGAUUUGUGGGAUUGACGUGCACUUUGUCGUGUAUGCACUCAAAAUAAUAAUCAAUACGACACUAAUACGUAGUAUAGUGUAGUAAGGUUCGUAUCCACAGGGAAAGGACUAUUUUUCUUUUAUAUUAUAACUAGUAACAAAGGGGGGAUUUAGGUUUGAG